CGCAUAGUCAAUAGCUUAGAAGAGUCUUUCUCUUCCCGCCCUUUCUUGCCAUAGCUUUAUAGCAAUCUAGCUCGUCUUGCUCCCUCCUCGACAUUCUAUCCAGUGGUGACUCCUUGGACGGGCGUAGUCAUCAGUUGAGCUCGGCAGACGAUUGCUGGACAAUCUGUUUCGUUUCACACAUCCAUUCUUGCCGGCAAGGAUCUACAUCUGCCUAUCCUAAUUGUGGGCUAAAUCUAGUCAGUCAACAUCGAAAGUAGGUCCAGCAAUGACUUGACAGGUGCGCCUAUCCUGAAAACAAAAAUCAAGACCAGCAUCUUCACGGAGGCCGCUAACGUCCAACAUGGGGCUCCUCAGUGAGGAAUCGAUGGAAUUCCUGGAACAAUGCCGCCGUUCGCGCCGCUUGGUGCUCAUCAUCGUUGCCAUCGCCCUCCUGUUGGAUAACAUGCUACUUACCACUGUAGUUCCCAUCAUCCCAGAAUUUUUGUACGCCAUCCGCCAUCGUCACGAUCCCGUCAACAACGUGUCCGUAGUCACCGAGGUAACAGAACCUUUUUCAAUCUACACCACAAGCACGGUGCCCGGCUUGUUUGAGAACGGAGCCUACGAAGAUCCUGGAACAAAUGUCACUUCUCGCUGCCUCCCUGAUAAAGCUAAACGUGAUCGUGACUUCGAGUACAAAUACAUGGCCAAGCACAACGAGCUCAUCCAGGAGAAUGUCGAAGUUGGAAUCAUGUUCGCAUCGAAAGCUUUCAUCCAGCUGCUAACGAAUCCGUUCGUCGGUCCGCUGACCAAUAGGAUUGGCUACAGCAUCCCUAUGUUUGCCGGCUUUGUCAUCAUGUUCGUAUCAACAAUCAUAUUCGCAUUCGGGAGAAAUUACACGGUCCUAUUCAUUGCUCGAGCGCUUCAAGGCGUUGGAUCUUCUUGUUCCAGUGUUUCUGGAAUGGGUAUGUUGGCUGCUUGUUACCCAAACGACGAGGAACGUGGCAACGCGAUGGGCAUUGCACUUGGAGGACUAGCUCUUGGCGUCUUAAUCGGGCCUCCUUUUGGUGGCAUUAUGUACCAGUUCGUUGGCAAAACGGCCCCGUUUCUUAUCUUGGCCUGUUUAGCGCUCGGCGAUGGAUUGUUACAAUUGCUUGUCCUUCAACCGGCAAUCGCCCAGCAAGAGGACGAACCACCGUCCGUCAAGGAACUGCUGAUGGAUCCCUACAUCCUCAUCGCAUCCGGAGCCAUCACAUUCGCUAACAUGGGCAUCGCCAUGCUAGAGCCAUCGCUACCGAUCUGGAUGAUGGACACUAUGUGCGCAGAAAAAUGGCAACUAGGUGUGGCUUUUCUACCAGCAUCGAUCGCUUACCUGAUAGGAACUAAUCUGUUCGGACCCCUCGGCCACAAAAUGGGCAGAUGGCUUGCGGCUUUGGUCGGUUUGGUGGUCAUAGGAAUAUGCCUCAUGCUGAUUCCGUUCGCGACUGACAUCGGAGAUCUCGUUUUGCCGAAUGCCGGCCUCGGUUUCGCUAUUGGUAUGGUUGACUCAUCCAUGAUGCCUCAAUUGGGAUACCUAGUCGACAUCCGUCACGCAGCCGUCUACGGUUCCGUCUACGCUAUCGGAGACGUGGCCUUCUGUCUUGGCUUUGCUAUCGGCCCUGCUCUGAGUGGAACUCUUGUUCAGACCGUUGGAUUCGGCUGGAUGCUUUUCGGCAUUGCCAUCAUCAACUUCAUGUACGCUCCGCUAUUGUACUACUUGCGCAAUCCACCCACAAAAGAAGAACGCCAGUGUCUCGCCAUGGCGGAGAAAGCUACCAUCAGUUACAAGGCCUUUCAGAAAAUGGAAGAAGAAUAUCCGUAAGAAAGAGAACCCAAAUAAUGAGGAAAAGCGAGGAAGAUGGACCUCCUACGACGAACGAAAAUCAAAGAAAUGUAAAUGCCAAACGAAGAAUGAAAAGAAUGAUCACCACACCCAAGCGACCCAACGUCCAACCGCGUCUCAUUCAAUUUAAUUAAAAGCCAAAAUCCAAUAAGGUUGAUGGCAUAUCGGUUGACACCUGUCAUAAGAUCCGCUAUGGCUGAGCGGGUUUCUGCCGGCAGGGCGUUCCAUACCGAUUUGAUUUUUCUUUAGCAAUUUCGCUAACGUUGGCGCGCAGAUUUCAAAGGAUGACGCUGGGACGACUUAAUCAUGUGCGGUGAACUGGGCUCACAUCAAACCCAGAGAGAACCCUCUUUUUCUCAUAGGUUCAAAAAUUGCACAAUCGGGUGACAUUAUAAUAAAAACAACAUUUUUCAGUUUGAUUUGAGUUCUCUGAAAUUUGUUUCUGCUUUUCGCCGAGUGUUUUGCCGUGCUGCGUUUCCUCCGUGUACCGUGUGCUGUGUGUAUACUCUUGGAUCAUCAUUUAAUAUUUUUACUGUUUCUAUUUGUCGAUGGAGAUAUUGAUGUCAAAUGAAUGUCACACACCACCGUUA